AUGAACUGUAAAUGUUGCCACUUUCCAAAUUUGUCAAUAGAAAGAUACGAGACCUUAAAUUUCACGCAAAACAAAAAAAACAUCAAGGUACAUAGCAAAACACAAAGUAAAAAAAAAAUUGCAACAGGCGAAAGAGUAAACGGGCCUCGCGCAUUCACUCGGUGCAACACCAAGUGCUUCAAUAACAACCAUUUUGUUAAUAUUAGCAGAAUUAGAACCAUUAGACAGCUUAAAGGCGGAACAUCCAAUGGUACCUUGCUACCCUUGAAAAAGGUAAAAACAAAUGGACCUUCCGAAAAGAAAAAUAGGAAAAUAAGUACUAGGGGGAAAAUGAAUGCGACGAAUCAGUCACAUUUUUCUGUAAGUUUGGGUCACGGCGAGAAAAAAAACUCCAUGCUUCUCCCUGAUGAAGAACUAACGGGAAGAAGUUAUGCGGAAGGGAGAGGCCACAACGGAAGUAGUGAUGAAUGUAGUAGUGAAGGAGAAGUCGCAAGUAAAAUUGGAAAUGCAAUCGGACGCGAAGUUGGAACUGAAAUGAAGAACGAAGUAGGAGGCGAAAACGGGUGCGGACCUAAUGCACACAUAAUGAAAAACUGCACUCAUCAAGAAUUCACAGGAAUUAAUAAAAUAAACUCGAUGGAGAAAAACAAAAGUAAAAGCUGCUCCUUGAGAAACAUUACGGGUUCUAAUUCGGCUCCUAAUAAAGAUAUCCAUGAGGACACCUCGAACUGGGGUCAGCUCCGCGAAAACGCAGAAAGGGAUCCAGAGGUGUACACCCCAUCUAAUGAGCUUCUAGAAGAGAAAAAUAUCUGCGAAUGUGCCAAGGGAAAAAAGAAAAAGAAUAAAAUUAUGAACAUUGCAAAUGUUUAUACAGUUUGUCAAAAUGAGUCCCCUUUAAGCAUCGAUGGAAAAUGCCCCUUGGUAGGAAAACACAACGAUGAACUCGUAGGAGGAGAAGAAACUGCAGAUUCCCUUAAAAUGAAUGAAAUUGGAUUUGGAGAAAUGCUCAUAAAUAAGAAGAGCUAUUUAAUUACGGGUUUGGCAAAUAUGCCACAUGGGGAGAAUAAGGAUGGGUCCGUGGGGGGCAAAAGUGGACUUAGCAUUGGACGUAGUAGUGAUCCUAUUAGUGGACGUAGUAGUGAUCUUAUUAGUGGGCGCAGUAGCGAGCAUGGUAGCGAUCGUAGCAACAAGCUUAACAGUACUACUCAGCACGAAGACGGAAGUGCCAAAGACAAAAAGAAAGCUCAAGGAAGUCUUCCAAACGGAAUCCAAGCAGAAGACAUAACCCACAUAUGUGACGAUAUGCCCUUACUACCAAUCGAGGUGGAAGAAUGUAAGAAUACAAAAAAUUUAAAGGACGAGGAAUACGCUAAAAGUGAUCAUCAGGAAAAUAUUUUAAUGUUCAACUUAAUUCGCAAUAUAUGUAAAGGUUCCAAGGGGGUAAAAAAUAAAGAGGGGGAAGUCCUCCUCAAUUUGGAAAACCUAGCCAGUUGCGAAAUAGUGAAGAAAAGCACGUCAUCCCAAAAAGAGAUCAAUCAUGUGAAGGAGAAAAUAUCAUCAAUUUUCCACGCAAAUGAGGGGAAGGAGCAGGACCCCACGUGUGCAGGUGGAAACUUAAAUUGUAAUAAUCAAAUAUGUUUUCCCAAUGGGGAUGCAGUAGAAGGGAAUAGAGAGAAAGGAUGCUUAGAGCGGGGAAUGGAGAAGACGGGAGAACAUGAAAACGAACCCACGGAUGACACACGCGGAGAUCAAAUGGAAAAUCUGAGGAACCAACUAAAUCACCAUUUGUACAAAAAGUUAACAGACGACACAAUUACCGAAAGUACUAAUAACACGUGCUCCGAUUUCAAUGAAAGUACGCACAACAACAGUUCCCCUAAGAGCACCAAAUUUUUAUUUAGUAUGAAUAAUGAGGAAGAGAGGGAAUUAUGUGAGAAAAUUACCCUUCCCAAGUCUACAAGCAACAGUGCAGUUAAUAGCAUGAGUGUAUACAUGGAUUCUUCUUCAUCCAUGUCAGAUGGAAGUUUAUUCAAUGAUAUAAAUAGGAAUAAGUCGAACAUAACUGAGUACGAGAAGAAGGAAAAUUCUUCGUGCAAUGUUCAGAAAAAUAGAGAUUGUCCAAAUAUAACUCCACUCAAGGAAGUUCCCCUAAUCAAUCAUACCGCGCAUAAUAAAAAUAGCGGCCUUAGGAUGACAAGUGCAGUUCCUAGUAGUUCCUUCCACAUCCAUGGGAAAAUAAUUAAUCUCAUUGGCAACAGCCAAGUACAGGAAGUUAAUGAAGAAAAUAAAAAAGACACGAUCAAAGAGGAGGGAAACAAAAUUGGCAAUUUGAAGAGAAGCAUAAAUCGAGAUAUAGAUUACAGUUUUAAGAAAAAAUUAAAAAUAGAAGACUAUUCUUUACUGAAUUUAAAUAUAUAUAAAAAUAACCCCGCAGAAUUGUACAGAAAUAAUAGCUACAAUACGUACAUAUUGAAAAGCCUCCAAAAUUCUUACCUAAGAAAUAAAUUAUUCAACGGAACGUACAGCGAAAUCGGUAAUGACAGUACUAAGAAGGAAGGUGGUGUUUCGUCCUACGUUGAAAAUAUUCCCUUCAAUAGUACAGAAAAGUAUAGAUACAAGUACAACAAGAAAAGUGGUAGUACAGAAAAAUAUGAUGAAGCGGAGGGGUGGGAUUUUAUUCGACUCACAAACAAUGAAAUGGAUGAGAAAGUAAACGCGGAAGAAAUGGCAAAGAGAAAAAGAAAACAACUUAAAGAUAUGAAUAGAUACUAUAAUGAUGUACUACUGAAUGGUAUGGUAUGCCCCCAAACGACACAACUUAUAAACGUAGGUAACGGUGCAUGCAAAAGUAUCCACUUCAAGGAACAGAACUUUAACGCUACAUAUAAAGCAGGCGAAGCAACUGACAACCAUUUUAACACCAUAUACACUAGUGAAGCAAAUUAUUCCAACAUGUUAAAGGAGAAACAGUUGGACAAUGUGCAUCUGAAUCUACGUGAUAUUAUAAACCUUCUAGAAAAAGAAAGAGUCGGAAACUUAUACAGUGAAGAAGAAUUAGAAUCCAUAAUAAUUCCUGUGGGGGGGAUUUACUACGAUACUGAUAAACUGAAAUGGUUAUACAAAUAUGACGAUAUGGAUAAAAUGGCAAAUAUGGGGAGCAAGUUUUUGUCUGUACAAAGCUAUUCUUAUCAUCAAUCCAGGCAGAUGGCACUACAACAUAAGUACAACUACAUAAGGAACAAGUAUAACAUUUUUAAUGAUAUUGAUGAUGAGGAGAGAAUGUUCUUUGUGUCCAUCAGUGGGUAUGCAACAGGGGGAAGUCCAACCGAGGGAAACACUAACCAAAGCGUGAACACACCCCAGGGGAAGAACCCUCUCGCCAAGCUCUUUAAUGAAUAUGGCCACGAAGCCAGCACUACAUAUGGCUGUACUGCCAACGAAUCAGGACAUAGACGAAUAGAGAUGUGCAAACAGAAGAUCGCCCCAAAAGAACUACAACCAGAAGGUGAAGAAAAAGGAAUAAAUAAAUACCAAAAUGGCACCGACGAGAAACGAACCCCUUUUUACAGUAUAAAUAAAAGCCCAUCCGAUAUUAAAGAAGAAAAUUUAAAUGACACAAUUAAUCCGUUAAAUAUUCAUAUUCCCCUGAGCUCUUCUGCGUCUUCAUCACAUGAAGGCACUCAUACAGGCAGUGCAGUUAGCGGAAAAGGGAAAGAGGACACCCCUAGUUACAACAUAAUAAACGCACAAAAGGAUAUACAUAAUUGGGUUGGAGAAUUUUCCAAAAGUAACAUAAAAGAAAAAUCAUUCUCCGAUGGGGUUCAAAAUGCAAGUACUGUUACUCAAAGUGGAGAAAUCUAUGGAGAGUUCUUUCCCCAUAGUAGCAUCACGUCGAAGGCGAGAGCCGUUCUUUACAAAACUCUAGGCGUAGAAUUCUCCAACGACUUGAUAAAAAAAAUGCAAAACCUACCAAAGGAAAAUAUAUUCUAUGAGAAAGAUAAAAAAAGAUGGGUGAUUAAAAUUUUCGAGAAGAAAACAAACACCUUGUUAUAUUUCAAAGAAUUUGAUUGCACAGUUUUUGGAUUCCUCUAUGCCUGCAUCUUAACCAUAGAACAUAAACAAUUAUACCUAGACUAUUUUCUAAAUGAAAAGAAUUACGAUUUCUUGAUGCAACUGAUCCAAAAUAGCUCAUUGAAGAGAAAGCUUUACUUCAAUUCUGCAGUUCGAUCUACUGGCUUAGGUUGUAACGGGAGCCUGGCAGGGACCAACAUGUUUUUCAUGGAGGGCGUCAAUGAGGAGGCAAGCCUAGAAGAAAGCGUGCCAGAAAACGUAGAAGAAAAUGUAGAUGAAGGCGUAGAAGAAAACGUAGAUGGAGGCGUAGAGGAAAACGUAAGAGCGAGUGCAGAAUCAGGUGCCAAAUUGAAUUACGACGCAGAUAGACAGCGAAUCAAAUCGGGACACAACCCCAAUUUUGCCUACUUGGUGAACAACUCGGACGCGGUGUGGAACGAGAAAAUGUUAAGCCGAUUUGGAGAAUUUUACAAAACAGAAGAAUUCGGAAGGGAAAAUUUAACCAUGUAUAAUAGUGGCACAUCGUUGAGCAAGCCUUCACAGGUAGAACAUAUUUUUCCCCAUAAGAAGUACCCCUCGAAGAAUGACUUACAAGCAACUAAAAAUGAUAUAGCUGAUAGAAGAAAAAUUAUUCCUUCCCGUUUGCAAGAACAAAUGGAAGGAGAAUAUUUUAGCAAUGCGCUUGGCACAAAUGUCUGUGGCGUAAAUACCGAGUGUUCGAGAGGGAAGGAGAAUGAGAUGAACUGGCUACAAAUAAAAUUGCCACAAAAGGAGUGGCCCAACAAGGAACAGUUCAAAGGAGCCCAAAAGAAGGAGUACCAUAUUACUGAAAGGGGACAAAAAAAUAAGACCCUUGAGGAGGGAUCCCCAAAUUCCUUCCUUGCCCAGGUGGAGAAAAUGCAACAUUAUCUCCCACACGAUGAAGAUAAUAACAAAACGAUGGUCAUAAGUAACCUGAGACGAGACUGUCCCAAGGAUGUAGCCAACUGCAAUGGUAAUAACGACACUCUAUCCCCCCAUAGCGUAUUCCAGAAUAACGAAAUUUGUAAAGAUGAAGUGAUAAAUGCUAACGAAACUGAUGAUAAAAGUAAGAAGAAAACCAGACAGACAAACCAAAUAAAGGCGAAAAAAGAUUCCCUAUAUUAUAGAAAAACGAAAAAUUCAAAGGAUGCAGUAGGAAAUGGAAAAGAUUCCACUCUUACGGCGGAUUUAAUGCAAGAAGAGACAAAUAAUUUGCUUAAAUUAGAUUCAUACAUAGAAUCAUUGGAAAGUAACAGGGACGUAAUUUCCUUGGCGAAAGAAACAAUUCUUUUGCUUCUUAAAGACAUUAUAAAUUGUAUCCCCUUUCAAAUGGCCCCCUCUGUAAUAUCGAGAAAAAUUUAUUACCAAAAAAUUAAUGCCCAUGUUAAGUUUGUAUAUCAUUCUCAAAAUAUCCUCGACUUGAUGCCCUACUUUUUCAUAUUCAAAAAUGUAAUCAAGCAGAAGAAGAUGCCAAGUGAUCAGUCCCUCUACAUUUGCAACGUUCUGCUAUAUGCCUUGUUCGAGGCGUAG